UGAUAUUAAUAAAAACGACAAUAAAAGCAAUAACAACAACAACAACAACAACAACAUCCGUUUUACUAGGAAAUCGGUGAGCAUAGAACAGGAACAAAACUACCAUUGUACGAGCGAUACAGAACAUUUCAAAACAGCCCCUGGGAAAGAUCUAAAUGCAAACAUUCAAGCAAACGCUCGUGAAUAGAAGGCUAUUGGACACCGCCCAAGAUUCAGAGACUUUCUCUAUACUUACGAAACAACAAGGUGUGUAUGUGCAACACUUCAUUCUGUAUGGACGACGUGUAAAAGCGGAGGAAAUGGUUGCUACAGAUUUUGGCCACUCUUCAAAACACUGAAGUUUUUGUGAGGGCCAGUUCUUUUUCUUCCUUGAAGUAAAAGGCAGCAGCGGUUGGUAACACAAAGAUCAGUAUCCACAGCCCGGCGAGGGACGGUCAUUGACCUCUACACAGACAGGAACUCUUUCAUCUGGACGUCAGAGAUGUCUUAUAGAGAUGUACUUCUGUUGUUACUCAGUAUACAAGGUCUGACCACGUCGUCACAGAGUGAGAAGCAAAACUGGGGAUUGUUUUCUAGAAAUCGGAGACAGGCACCACUUCUGGACGAUGACGAAAGUGAUUCUAAACAGUUGGAGAGGACUCUGAGAAAUGAACUACCAUGUGAUUAUCUAUCUGAACCUCGAGACUAUGACGAACGUGAUUAUGAACCGUAUCUGAAGGUACUGAAGAAAGACCCAUGUCAUUUUGAACCACAACCACCCCGUAGAACUUACCCUCCAGAGGAAGAACGAGUCCCCCUUGAGCCUGACCGUACAGACGACGCUUAUCCAGAGCCUGAAAUCGUCAACUGUCCUUCCGGAGCAAAGGUCAGAGGUGACUAUAUCAUGUCCGGAUCAACAGCCACUUGUGAAUGUCGUCAGAAAACAGAGGGUUUUCCUGCAGGCACAGUUGUUUUGUCUCAGGGCAGGUCUACCUUGGACUCAGGACCUGUCGCCUCAGGGAAUGUCAUCAACACUGGUAACAACAACAAUGACCAGACGUUGACUUGUAGUUCUGAGUCUUUUUUUGGUCGAUCACAGCUCUCUGUCUCCAAGACUGUCAAGUUUGCCUAUGGACCAAGUAGCGCGAUGUUGACCUUCUCACCGACAAACCCGUCCGGUUUGUGUCAAGGCACCAGUCUCAGAGUUGUGUCCACUUGUACUGUUGACCCCAGUACUGUAAACCCUCAGCCGGAAUACAAAAUCUACGUGAACGGUACACGAGUUGGCACAUCUGUACAGCAAACUCUACAGUUACAGGGCGGAGCUCACACAAUCAGAUGUCUUGUCGAGAACUCGUUAUUUCCUGCUGAUCUCUCUACUGAUGUCACUGAGACGUUCAUUGUCAGAGUCCCUCCGCCGGGUCCUCCUGAGAUCACUGUGAGUCAGCCGUCGGUCCCCGGUCCUGGAGAAAUCCUGGUGAAGGAAAAUGUCAGAACCAGAGUGCGGUGUGAGGUCCGAGGGGGAUAUCCUGCUACAAGUGAUGUACGACUGCGCUGUCCUAGUUCUCAGGCCGGUAGCUCUGGUGUGAGCUCUGUGGUCGUAACUAGGUCACAAGGGACACAAUGCUCGUGUACGGCCUCUCACGAAAGUGGAUGUUACAACAAACGGAGUGACGUCACCAUCAAAGCUGCUUACGGUCCAGAAGACGUCACGUUGGAGAGAAAAAACGUGAGACCAGAGGAGGUCGGAACGUAUAACCUGUGUCCGUCAGCUACAUCAGAUAUAAUCAUGGAAUGUUCUGUAGGAGUUGUCUACCCAGCAGCCACUUUAUUCCCAACGAUGACGCCACCAGGAACACAAAUUGUUGAUGUAUGUCCAGGAAACGACAAUAAGUGCUCCUACAAAUUUGUGCCUUCAAGAGGAGCUAAUCACGAGUUCUGGUGUAUGGCGGUGAACAGCGUUUUUGGAGAUAUGCGAGGAGAAAGUCCACCUGUACAGGUCUACGUGCGAGAACCUCCGAAAGUGGCCCCAAAACUGACCAUCAGCGGUAAAGAUUUCUCUGGCGCAACUGCCGAUAACACUGUGGAUGUUGUCGAUGGAGAAGAAAACUCUGUGGUAUGUCAAGUUGAUGGGGGAUUCCCGGAGGUCUCGCCCUCUGACAUCUACGUGCAGUGUGACGGUGUGAAAGUGACAGAUGGAAAGGUUGUGUUCACACUUGAUAGAAACGCCACGUACUGUACUUGUCGGGCACAACAUCCUAGUGGUUGCUACCACCUAUCGACUGAAGUCCUCGUCAUUGCAAUACUGAAGACAGAGGCGAAGCUUCAACAAAGUGAUGAUGAAAUGACCAUACCAGUAGCAGUUGGGGCAGCCUGUGCAGCUUUAGUCCUUUGUUGUGUCACUGCGGCGAUUGUGUUCUGCCUUUUGAAGAGAAAAGGCUGUUUCCUCAGGAAGGCUAAACAUGAAGAAGAACAGUCAUUCACCUCCCAGCUCUGGUCGGAAAGUCUUUGCCGAAAACAACCAAACCCGUUUGCCGCCGAGAAGAAAAUGCGUACGUGGACAUAGAUGCGGACAACUUAUCCUCACAGGACAUUUCUACUCCGGUUCUGGUCGGAAAAUCUUCAUCAGGAAAAACGAAACCCAUCAGCCGUCAAGAGGAAAGUCCGUACGUGGACGUGGAUUUGGAGCACAUAUCGUCGCAGGACAUCCAAACCCCGGUCCUGAUUGGAAGAACCAAGGUGGAAAUCAUUACACCUGACGCCACAAAGACAGACGGUGAAGGGAGACGUUACGACAACGUACUGGUGACGUCACCGGUGUCAAGAGCAGGACCAGGAGGUCAAGAACGACCAAAAAAAAAUCAGUACGUGGACGCGGAUAUGGACCUGAUAAAUGCAAACAACGCUAACACCCAGAUCUUGAUCGGGAAAACCAGUGCGAAAACAAUUACUCUUGACUCCCCUCAGGCAGGUUACGAUGACGGGAGACGUUACGUCAACGUGUCGGUGACGUCACCAGAGUCAGAUGAGUACAUGAGCUUUCAACCUAAAGCGGAGUAUCUUAAUGUUGACAUUGAUGAAGACAUGGAUGGUCACUACUCCUCGCCCAGGAGCAAUGCCCCAGUAAAGGGAAACUAUGUGAACGUGCAGAGACAUGACAAGCAAUGA